AACAUAUAUCAUGGCAGUGGUUUGACUUGAGAAUUAAGAUGGCAGCAAUCGUUUCAUAAUCGCGUUGUAUUCGUCCAGAGUCUGGAUCCGAUAAAGUGUAAGGUGGACUCUUGGUGUCCAGGCCGAAAUACCAAGAAUACAAGUGCGUCCCACGUAAGAAAGGGCGUUGAACGUUACAGUAUUCCUCGCCGUUUGUGCUUCCAUAGGCUUCGCUGAUACAAUCCGGGCUUGCAUUGUCGGAGCAGAAAUGCACGUGCAAAACUGUGUCCCGGCCAGUGACAUUGUACCUGUAACCGACGCAAAGUCCAUAAUCAGCCCAUUCAGGAUCGCUUUUGUAAUAGGUUCGAUUGACGCCGUCAAGCACAAUAUGUCUCAGCAUAGAUGUCAUUUCAUCAGGUUUCUUUCCGGAAUCUAA